AAAGCACAACAAUCCUUUGAGAGGAGGGAAGUUGAGUUUAUUCAUUUUUUUUUUUUUUGCCGAGGUUUUGAGGAACGAUUCGAUGUGUUGUACAUUUGAUAUAAGAUGAGAACUUUAUAAAGUAUUCCGUCCAAGAGCCUAAACGAUGACUACCCCAGCGCUGCUGCCCCUGUCUGGUCGUAGGAUACCACCUCUGAACCUGGGGCCGCCCUCCUUCCCACAUCACAGGGCUACCUUGAGACUCUCCGAGAAGUUUAUCCUUCUCCUCAUCCUUAGUGCCUUCAUCACCCUGUGUUUUGGGGCAUUCUUCUUCCUUCCAGACUCUUCAAAACACAAACGCUUUGAUCUAGGCUUAGAAGAUGUGUUAAUUCCUCACGUAGAUGCCGGCAAAGGAGCUAAAAACCCGGGAGUCUUCCUGAUCCAUGGACCCGACGAACACAGACACAGGGAAGAAGAAGAGCGUCUAAGAAAUAAGAUUAGAGCUGAUCAUGAGAAAGCCCUGGAAGAAGCAAAAGAAAAAUUAAGAAAGUCAAGAGAGGAAAUUCGUGCAGAAAUCCAGACAGAGAAAAAUAAAGUAGCCCAAGCAAUGAAGACAAAAGAGACCAGGGUACUGCCACCUGUCCCUGUCCCACAACGUGUAGGGGUCAGUGGUGGGGAUCCAGAAGACAUGGAGAUCAGGAAGAAAAGAGACAAAAUUAAAGAGAUGAUGAAACAUGCCUGGGAUAAUUACAGAACAUACGGAUGGGGACAUAAUGAGCUCAGGCCUAUUGCAAGGAAAGGACAUUCCACUAACAUAUUCGGAAGCUCACAGAUGGGUGCCACCAUAGUGGAUGCUUUGGAUACCCUUUAUAUCAUGGGGCUUCAUGAUGAAUUCAUGGAUGGGCAAAGAUGGAUUGAAGAAAACCUUGAUUUCAGUGUGAAUUCAGAAGUGUCUGUGUUUGAAGUUAACAUCCGCUUUAUUGGAGGGCUCCUCGCUGCGUAUUACCUGUCAGGAGAGGAAAUAUUCAAGACUAAAGCAGUGCAGUUGGCCGAGAAACUCCUUCCUGCCUUUAACACACCUACUGGGAUUCCCUGGGCAAUGGUAAACCUGAAAAGCGGAGUGGGUCGAAACUGGGGCUGGGCGUCUGCAGGCAGCAGCAUCCUGGCUGAAUUUGGCACCCUGCACAUGGAGUUUGUCCACCUCAGCUACUUGACUGGUGACCUCACUUACUAUAAUAAGGUCAUGCACAUUCGGAAACUACUACAGAAAAUGGAACGCCCAAAUGGUCUUUAUCCAAAUUAUUUAAACCCAAGAACAGGGCGCUGGGGUCAGUAUCACACAUCAGUUGGUGGUCUGGGAGAUAGUUUUUAUGAAUACUUACUGAAAGCAUGGCUGAUGUCAGAUAAAACAGACCUUGAGGCAAGAAGGAUGUAUGACGAUGCUGUUGAGGCUAUAGAAAAACAUCUUAUUAAGAAGUCCCGGGGAGGUCUGGUCUUCAUUGGCGAGUGGAAGAACGGACACUUGGAAAGGAAGAUGGGUCAUUUGGCCUGCUUCGCUGGGGGGAUGUUUGCACUUGGAGCAGAUGGUUCCAGAAAGGAUAAAGCGGGUCACUAUUUAGAACUAGGGGCAGAAAUUGCACGAACAUGUCAUGAGUCAUAUGACAGAACUGCAUUAAAACUAGGUCCUGAGUCAUUCAAGUUUGAUGGUGCAGUGGAAGCCGUGGCUGUGCGGCAAGCUGAAAAGUAUUACAUCCUUCGUCCAGAAGUAAUUGAAACCUAUUGGUACCUAUGGCGAUUCACCCACGACCCAAGAUACAGGCAGUGGGGCUGGGAAGCAGCACUGGCUAUUGAGAAGUCCUGCCGAGUCAGCGGAGGGUUCUCUGGUGUCAAGGAUGUGUACUCCCAGACGCCUGCACAUGACGACGUGCAGCAGAGCUUUUUUCUGGCUGAAACAUUAAAAUACUUGUACCUGCUGUUCUCUGGUGAUGACCUUCUCCCUUUAGACCACUGGGUGUUUAACACAGAGGCUCACCCUCUGCCGGUGUUACGUUUAGCCAACACCACUCUUUCAGGUAACCCUGCUGUUCGAUGAGUACAGCUCCGGAAGGACCACUCUUACCUGUUUUGUUUACAUGGACCACUACAGAAACUGUCUGGAGAGGCAGCGUUGGAAACCCGGACCUCUACGCCAGUAUGCCGGAUGAAACUCCCCUGCAAGACUUUUCACUUGUAGAUAUAUCAACUUUGAAAUUAUUCCAUUUUAUACCUGACCAAAACAUGUUCUGGUACACGUAGGACAGAGACCUGAUAUGUUUUGAUUCUUAAUGAGAUGGCCACAUGAGAAACAAUGUCUUAUUCUAUACUGUCAGUGCAAGUCAAGAACAUAGAGCACCUCACAGGAGCUAGAGAUGGCUUUUUGAACCAGUUCUCCAUUUGUUUCCUCCCACAGUGGAGCAGCUUUCAAAUUAAAUAUAACACAUUGUGUAGCCCCCUUCCUCCAUGUUAGUAAUGGAACAACUGAAUGAACAGGAACAGAGGAGCAGUGUAACUACAUUGUAGCAAGAAGACUUGGGAAAGAAACAGAUGCUACUAUCCCUGUCUAAAUUUUCUAGCUCCUCCUUGGAUUAUUACCAGACUGGCAACCAUUUCAUUCCCAACCUAGUCACUGAAGUCUCUUUAGAUUUAGUUUUUCUCUGAGGGCCAUGGUCUCGUGAAGAAUACUUUUCAAGUCUUUGUUUCCAUAUGAUAUGCUGAACCUGGUAUUUAUCAUAACUGCUGCUUAUGAGCCCAAGUGUGGGAGUGCAUGUAGCUCACGCUAGCAUCGGGAGCAUGAUGGAAAGGGGGAGUGCCAGAUUGUUGCCUUGAAACCUGUUUUAGAGAAACCCAUGAUUCUGUUGGGAGGAAAUUAUUCUUCUGGACCAGCAACAGUAUCAAGCAAACAUUUUCUGCUUUAAUCUCAUAAGACAGUUAAUAGAGUCGUUCACCUUACAACUUGUGGCUUGGCAAAACUGACUAUACUGUUAAGCAGCUCUGUAUUUGCUAGGACAUUCCUAAUAGCUUUGACGGCUUACUAAAGCAAAGGCAAAACAUCGCAGUGUCCCUGGAGCAGGUCAGGUACUUCACUUGUUACCUCACACGUGUGAGCGGCUCACAAAGAGUUUAAGUUUUUAAGUUUCUCCAAGAUAUUAGACAUCCAAAGAGUUACUAGAAUAGCUUCACAAUAAUUUUCAGUGGCGAAUGUGUGAUGUGAAAAAUCAGACUCACUAAAACUGACAUGAACCUAAGGGACUUACACAUCUUGCAUUGAUUAUUUUUGUUGUUGUUAUUAUUGCUCUAUAUUUUGGCAGAAAAAAAGGUAAAUUUGUAUCAAGAACUAUAAUAUAAGAUAAAUAGUGAUGCUUAUAAAUUUUCUGUCCCUUGAAUUUCUGUGACAAUUCAAGACACUUUCUCUCUUUCAUUUAGUACAUACGUCAUCUAUUGGUGACAAUAAAUCUGAGAACACUGUAAUUGAAUAUUUUAUGAAAUACUUUGUUUAUGAACUCUACUGUGGAUUUCUACAAACUUAUUUCCUUGGUUGGUAGCUUUCCUUUUUAGCCCAGUACUAGUUUAUAGCAGAUUUAAACUUGGAAAAGAUAUAAUUGGACAUGUUAUAAAGUAACCGACCAUCUUACACUGAAAAUCAUUAUCUGAUCCUCAGAGUUCAGCCAGUACUCCAUAAACUUGCCACCUCAAACUUGUUCAGUAUUUAUAAAAGACAACAUGAAGAGAGCGAGUUCUAGCACAUUUCAAAACUAUAUUAUCUUUUCCUACUUGAAAUUUUUAAACUAUAAGUGAGAAAGGUAGAUGCCUAUUACUUUAGAAAAGAAAGAUGAGGCUUUGGUUCUCUGAAAAGAAGUGAGCCUUCCUCAAACAGCACAAGGCCACUCCCAAGUCAAAGGAAAGUGAGAAACUGGAGGUGCCAAAGACCAGUGCAGCAAGCAGGGGACCCUCUGCUCAUACUCAUGCAGCAAAGGCGCCAUCUUGGUUCCCUAGGAAUGCUCAAAGGAGACGAGUCCCACCCCAACCCAGUGCUCUGUAUUGUCCACGUGAUCCCAGAGCAGAGGAGAGAAGGCCCAGGUGUGAGCAAGGCGUGGUUCACACAAAGAUCUUAAGACCGUCCCCACCCUUGUAAUAAGAACUAGAGCUUGUAACAAUGCUUUUUCUUCUUUGAAUACCAAAGGCAAUUAAAGUCAGGUACAAAGGACUUGCCAGUGUCAUGUUUUAUUUUGUUAAUAGAAUUUUUAAAAUAAUUUUUCCAAAAUCUUCCAUUAUCCCAUAUUUUGCUUACUUUUUAAGUGUGUGCUUUCUUCCAUCCUUCAUAUACUUGGCAUUUGUAAACCUUAGUUCUUUAGACUCCAUAUCAUUGUAUUUAUGAACCCUGAAAAGAACCCAGAAAUGCUCACUAACUGAUAUCUCUCCAAAGAGCUGGUACCUCAUCUUCAGCUUUGGACAGAGUCAUGCAGAAUAAAUAAUACAUAAAAGUAGGGGCUAUUGAACACCUUCUACUUCCAGAUUUAUUGCUCAUUUUAGAACCACACCUUUUGGUUCAAACCUGAGUUUUAGGAAAUUAAUGAAGCUCUUAAAACUAAGAAUGAGCACUUCACCAAGAAGUCUCACUGUAGAAAAGCAAGUCCUAAGUUGAAGGUUCUUCCUUCAGGUGGGCUGCACAUGCUGUUAUCCUCUAACACCAGCCUAUUCCUGUUGUUCAGCUAGGGCACAUAUGUGCAGGGAAGCCUAGGUGUUCGAGGAAUGCAUUCUUUUUGCAGAAUGGUGACCCUGGUUCCCUGUGACAUCAUCUAGGGCUCCAAGGCUUCCCUUGGCACGUUUUAAACAAGCAGUCUGAGGUCAUGAUUCUCAACUUGUCAUCUUUUUUGCUCUUCAUUACCAAAGUGUUUGUCAAAACUCUGAAUUUGUUGAUAAAGACUGACGAUGCAGUAUCCCUCUGCCCCAGCUGGAUUUCUCUGAGCAAGUGCAUUCAUGAGAGAAUGAGUGACUAAACAGGUACAGAGCAUCGCGUGCGCGCCUGCGUGUGUGCCUGCGUGCGUGCCAAGGUGUGCCUGGCGACCCCCGCCCCCCC